CCCACCAGCCGCGCUCGCUGAUAAGAGUUUGCGUCGCGAACGCCCUGUGCGAGGGGACACGAGCCCCGGUGGCCGAGUGGGGACCCCGGGGGCGAGGAGACAGGCGGAGGGGCAGGACCGCGGGCCUGCGCAGGUGGCGAUGCGGACCCCUCUCCGCGCAGCCCGGGGCGCUCCGGGGACGCGGGCGGCGGCGGCGGCGGGGCUUUUCCGAGAGGAGGGGGUGGGGAUGCUGAGUCACCCAUCUGUCACGGCUCCGCACCUCUCCCCAGCCCUCCGGGGGCCAAAGCAAAAGCGAAAGCGAAUGCGACUGGCGGGGCGGCCAGUCCCGGGAGUGGCGCCCGCCACCGCCUCGGGGACGGUCGGGCAUCUGCCCGCGCGGCCGGCGGGGCGUCGGGGCGGCCGCGAGCCCGGGGGCCGGCGGGCCGGAGCGCGGCCGAGCGUGCGGACAUGGGCCGGCGGCCGCCCCAGGGCUGCGGGCUCCGCGCCCUCCCCGCGCCGCUGCCGCUGCUGCUGCUGCUGCUGCUGUUGCUCCGGCCGCCGGCGACGCCCGGUGUCACGUGCCCUCCUCCCACAUCUGUGGAACAUGCAGACAUCCGGGUCAAGAGUUACAAACUGAACUCCACCGAGCGGUAUACCUGUAACACUGGCUUUAAGCGGAAAGCCGGGACAUCCACCCUGACAGAGUGCGUGCUUAACAAGACCACGAACACUGCCCACUGGACAAUUCCCAAUCUCAAGUGCAUCAGAGACCCCUCCCUGACUCAUCUAAAGCCAUCCUCUACAGAAAUGCCGGCAGGGGUGACCCCAGAGCCAGAGAGCACCUCCCUUUCUGGAAAAGAGCCAGCUUUCACUUCCAAGUCAGACAGCACAGUGGCCACAAAGGCAGCUACUGAGCCAGGCUCCAGGCUGAUACCAUCAAAGCCUCCGGCUGCGGGAACCACAGGGGUAAUCAAUAAUGAACCCUCCCGAGCCCCAGCUCAGACAACAGCAAAGGCCUUGGAACACACCCCCUCUGCCUCGCAGGAGACGCCAGCUGGAAAAGAAAGUCCGUCUCCCAGAGGUGAGAAGGCUCGGCGUAUUGACCUGCAUGGCAGAGGCUUUGCCGAUCUGAAUGGUAUCUGCCGUCUCCCAAUAUGGGAGGACGGUGGAAGCUUUCUGCAAUCUGGAGUCACAAUCUGCGGUACCUAUUCAUACAGUUCCGGAACUGUGACUGCGGCCAUCGUCAUGCCUGUCACUGUGCUCUGUGUAGUAUGUGUGGGACUUCUGGUGUGUUACAAAAGAUCCAGGCAAACUUCGCAGAUACGCACUGUUGCAAUGGAGAACAUGGAAGAGAUACCAAUGACUGGGGGAACCAACGGCAGAGACGAGGAUGCAGAAAACCAAGCAUACGACCUAGGAAACUCCAGGGGGAAGCUGAGGGCAGCCAAGGCUGAAGCAAGGAUGCCAACUCUUCCCUAGCCGAAGAGGUCCAAGGAAAGACUCAGGUGUUGGGUGCCAGCAAAGAGCCCGUCGGGAUGAUAAAACAAACAUGUUGGUGUCAUUUUAUCGACCGUG